UUUCGUAGAUGACGUGUGCUGUGUACGGUUCUCGUAAAAUUUUGUUCGUAAUUUAAGUUUUGCUGUGCUAUCAUAAGCACUGCACAUAGGAUAAUCAUGUUAAAGUACGGAAGUACGUUUCUAGUUCUUUUAUGCAUCUUUGAAUAUGGCACAGGACUUUAUUUUCACAUUGCUGAGACCGAGAGAAAGUGUUUCAUCGAAGAGAUUCCAGAUGAAACGACAGUGUUAGUAAAUUAUAAGGUUGAAAUAUACGAUCCUCGGACCGGCGGGUUCAUGCCCAGUAGUCCUGGAAUGGGAAUGCACGUGGAAGUCCGUGAUCCAGAUGACAAAAUGAUUCUUUCGAGAGUAUACAGUUCAGAGGGACGAAUUUCGUUCACCUCUCACAUACCCGGAGAACAUAUCAUUUGCUUAUAUUCCAACAGCAGUGCUUGGUUCAGUGGUACUCAGCUGCGAGUACAUUUGGACAUUCAAGUGGGAGAACAUGCUAUUGAUUAUGCUAACAUAGCACAGAAGGAAACGUUCAGUGAAUUACAAUUGAGAAUACGUCAGCUUCUUGACCAAGUAGAACAGAUUACCAAGGAACAAAAUUAUCAAAGGUACCGGGAAGAACGUUUUAGACAAACAUCAGAGAGCACACACAAACGUGUAUUCUGGUGGUCUCUUGCUCAGUCUGUGAUUCUACUGAUCAUGGGUGCAUGGCAAAUGAGACAUUUGAAAAAUUUCUUUGAGGCAAAGAAAUUAGUAUAAGAUGGGACUCUGUUAUUUCUAGGAUAUUAGGUAUUUCUAAAGUUUCCUUUGUUAUCGUGUGAAACUUGUUUUAAUUUAUUAAGGGAGAAAAUGAAGCACGGACAGGUCUGUUUUUAAAAAGAGGGUUUGGGCGUGUCCGCACAUGUUCAUUAAUCAUUGUACUCAUAUAAAACGAUCGAUCCUCAAGUUUAAUAAAAAAAGUAAUGUACGAUGUGAUUUUCAUAGAAAUAAAAUUCAACCAUAAUUUUCAAGAUUGUUGCUUAUUCGUUUAAACAGAAAUAAAAGA